AACUCCAGAGGACAAACAUUUAACCAUGAAAUAUCUACUGCUACUAACUGCUUUGUGUAGUCUCCCUCUAUCAGGGGCCUAUUACAUCGUUGGUGGUCAUGAGGCAAAGCCACACUCCAGACCCUACAUGGCAUCACUGCAGAACAAAAAUGUCCAUUUCUGUGGGGGAUUUCUCAUCAACAGGAACUGGGUGCUCACUGCAGCACACUGCUUGAAGCCUUUGACAUCCAUGCGUGUGAUUCUGGGGGCCCAUAAACUUUCUGUUCUGGACAAAUAUGUGCAGGUGUUCAGUGUCUCGAAGGCUGUUCCACACCCUCAGUACAUCAACAGAACCUAUAAUAAUGAUAUCUUACUACUGAAGCUGAAUCGCUCUGCUGUUAUGACUAGUGCGGUGUCACCCAUCAAACUUCCAUGCACACACUUGAAGGUGAAACCCUUGAGCAACUGCUCCGUCGCUGGCUGGGGGUAUGUGUCUGAUAGACGUGUCAGUCCAGGUGUACUGAUGGAGGUAAAUGUCACCGUCAUCUCAUUGACCACUUGCAAGAAGGCAUAUUCUAAAAUCGUACCGAUUGUACCGAGUAUGCUGUGCACUGCUACGCCUGGCAAAAUUAAAGGUUUCUGUGGAGGCGAUUCUGGAGGACCUCUUGUGUGCAGAAAACAAGCCGAAGGAGUGGUGUCUUUUUCUGGAAGAAAAUGUGGAGAUCCUACUUUCCCGGAUGUGUACACUCGUGUGUCUUCUUUUGUGCCAUGGAUUUUAAGAGUUAUUAAAAAGAACUGAAUGCUGUGGCAUGUAAAUUGCUAAUUAAAUCCUUGUGGUAUUUUU